CUUCGCAGGCGGUGCCAGCGUCAACAGGCAGUGGCGCGAGCACCGGGCGGCGGUUGGAGGGAGGCGGCUCGAGCAGCUAUUGCUGCCUGUCAUGAGAGUGCUGGGAUUGUGAUACGUACAUGAGACUGCAAUGACAAGUCAGAGCAGUAGCUAUGCAGAAAGAGCAAGUUCUAUAUCAUCAUCACCAAAAGUGCAGGUUCAGCGAUCCAUUUCUCGAGAGACCAUCACUAUACACUUUUCUGCCUUUGGUAAAGAAGAGGAAGAGGAGGAAGAAGAAGAAUUUAAAGAUUCCUCUAUGAUUCUUCAUGAAGACCAAAGUUUUGUACCAGUACUAAAAGAAAAAGAAAGUACUUGUGAACAUGGUGGCCAACUUUUAUCGGAGCGUGCUACCUCAUCAAAUAUGUCACCGGCAUCAACUUCAGUUACUGUUUCAUCUUCAGCAUUUACAAUUACCUCUUCAGAACCAUUGGAAACAUCAGCAAUGGUGCCUUCUGCAUCACUUACUACUAUUGCUACUGCAUUGCCAUUACUCUCAUUACCAGCUCAACUGUUAGUUUCGACCACUUUGCCUUCAGAGGUGGGAACUGCAAUCUCUGCUUCUACAUUUGAUUCUGCACCUAAAUCUGUUAUGCAAUCUGUUGUCCCUUCAUCUUCAUUGACGAGCACAAAGCCAUUCUCGAGUUUAGUUAAAUCUCUUUCAACAGAAGUAGAACCAAAAGAAGCCACAACCCCUCUGACGACAAGGCACUUAAUGAAAACACUAGUUAAAUCUCUGUCAACGGACACAUCAAAGCAAGAAUCUGAAUCUGUCCCAUUUAGGACCUCUGAUUCUCGAAUAAAUUUACAUCUCUUCAAACAGUUUACUCAACCUCGUGUCACCGGUGGAGAUUCUAAGACUGCACCUUCUUCCCCAAUCACCUCACCAUCAGAAGGUAGGUCUUUUUUUAAAGUAACAGAGGUGGAGGCAAGAAUUGAAGACACCAAAAGACGACUCUCCGAGGUUAUUUAUGAACCUUUUCAACUUUUAAACAAGAUCAUUGGUGAUGAGACCAGUAGUCUUCGACAUAAGGCUUUAUCAUCCAGUGCAACAGAACUUUCCACUCUUUCUAGUUUAAAUGGACAUUUGGAAAGCAACAACAACUAUAGCAUUAAAGAAGAAGAAUAUGACUCUGAUGGGGACUAUUCAACAAAAGAUUCAAUUCCAAACACAAAUAGUUCCAAGCCCCUGGAUGAGUCAUCAAAAGACGGGGACACUAAGAACGCUCAGGGGACCACAAAGGAGAUUUCUUUGAAAGCAUCAUCUCUAGGUUUAGAAAAAUGCUCACUUUCUGUACUUGCCAGCAAGGACGAUGAUGAUUACUGUGACAUAUACCUUGACGAAUUUGAGAUAGAACCUGAUGAAGAGAUCAUUGUGAACAAAGCUUUAGAACCUCAAACUAGAGAAGAAGCAAUUGAAAGUGAAAGUAAACUAUUGAGUCAAAGUGAAACUGAGUCUGAAGAACAGCAACUUGAAGUUCCAGUUAAGACUUUAUUACUCUAUGCGAUUCUUGUAUAUUCCUAUUUAGUACUCCCUCUGCCAAGUUAUUUAAGUGGUUUAUUCCUAGGCAUUUGCUGUGGAUUUAUGAUAGCAAUUGGUGUUGUGUGGCUGGUGGUACCAAGAAAGUCGAAGGGCUAUCAACAGUCACAGAGAAGGCUUCAUUUUGAACAUUUAACUACAGAACCUCUGGACAUAAAGGAACCAGAAAUAUUCAAGGGCUGGAUGAAUGAAAUUUCCAAUUAUGAUCCUGAAACCUACCAUGCUACAAUGACCCAUUCUGUCUUCGUUCGUCUCGAGGGGACUGUACUAAGGCUGUCAAAACCGAAUAAAAAUAUUUCUCGAAGGGCUUCUUUCAAUGAGGCCAAGACGAUAGCCACAUACAUUAGUCAGAAGAUUUAUGACAUAUCAGACAGUAGGGUGCAUUUAGUUCCAAAGGAUCUGGCUAGGAAAAGAGUGUGGAAUAAGAAGUACCCUAUUUGCAUUGAACUUGCCAGACAAGAUGACUUUAUGUCAAAGAUGGAGGCAGAGACGGAGAACAUGGAGGAAAAGCUGCCUGCAGAUAAAACUGAAACUGCAAUUGAGGAACCAGUGAAAUCGUCUGUGUCACAAGAAUUUGCAAAGCCAGUUUGCCAAAAGGACCAAGUUUUAUAUCUUUUUGGAAGGACUGGUAGAGAAAAGGAAGAAUGGUUCAGGCGGUUCAUUUCAGCCUCAAAAUUGAAAGUUGAUGCCAAGCGACCAGCCAGUCUAGGAGGCAGUGGCAUACCAGGUUUUGUGCCAUCACACAGUAGGAACAAUAGCCAUUCAGGAAUGCUGACUCAUAGUCGCAGUAGCAGUAAAGGAAGUGUUGAAGAAAUCAUAUCACAAUCAAGACAGAAAGAUUUCAUGUCUGGUGUGCGCCAGAAAAUGCUUCUGGACUAUGCUUUCUAUAUGGCAAAGUACAUUCCUGAAGAGCCCUCAAGUUCCAAUGUGAGUCCUAUCCACAGUGCCGAAAGUAGUCCCACAGCGGACAGUAAGUUGCCAAACAGUCAAAUUGAGAACUCAGAACAACAAGUGGCUUGGGUCAAUGCAUUGGUUGGAAGAGUCUUCUGGGAUUUCUUGGGUGAAACAUACUGGUCAAACUUGGUGUCUCGAAAAAUCCAGAUGAAACUCAGCAAGAUUAGGUUACCAUAUUUUAUGAAUGAGCUGACAUUGACAGAACUUGAUAUGGGAGCUGCUAUGCCGAAAAUAUGUCAAGCUUCAAAGCCUUCAGUUAAUCAUCAAGGACUAUGGAUUGAUUUGGAGAUUUCUUACAAUGGAUCUUUUCUGAUGACUUUGGAAACUAAAAUGAACCUAACCAAACUGGGCAAGGAACCACUGGGGGAAGGAUACAAAGUAGGCGAUGUUGGCAAGGAAGGGAGUAGACCGAAAGCCUUUUGUCUUGCUGACAGUGAUGAGGAGUCGUCAAGUGCUGGCUCUUCUGAUGAAGAAGAUGGACAAGAUGUGCUGGGAGGAGACAAGGUAUCAGCAGCAGUGGCAGAAGGAUAUGUGGGAGGACAUCGACCAAGCAAGAUAAUGAGACUUGUGGAUAAAAUUACAAAGUCAAAAUAUUUUCAGAAAGCCACAGAAACGGAGUUUAUUAAGAAGAAAAUCGAAGAGGUUUCAAAUACACCAUUACUGUUAACAGUAGAAGUUCAGGAAUGCAAAGGAACAUUGGCUGUGAACAUUCCACCACCACCUACUGACAGAAUAUGGUAUGGUUUCCGAACACCUCCACACUUAGAGUUAAAAGCUCGUCCCAAACUGGGGGAGCGUGAAGUCACUAUUGCACAUGUAACUGACUGGAUUGAAAAGAAACUUGAACAAGAGUUCCAGAAAAUUUUCGUUAUGCCAAAUAUGGAUGAUGUGUAUGUUCCAAUCAUGCAUUCCGUCAUGGAUCCACGUUCAUCCACAGUGUGGCCUUCAAAGGAGACACCAACAGAAGUUGCUGAGCGACUGUGAUUGAUGGGUCAAGUUGAAUGUUGUCCAUUCUUCAGUGAUUGAGAAGAAUCCUACUCAACCUCCUAAAUCUUUCAGCUUCAUCAUUACCAUGUCAGGGACUUAUAGAAGAAUUCUGCUUGAAAUGCACUGUCCCUGAUCUGGAUGAUCAGCUAUUUUUUGCUAAUGGGCAGCACUUCAUGUUUGUCUGUUUUAAAUUUCUCCUGUUACAAUUCAGCCCACAGAUUUUGUCCACAAAAUAGUACAA